AUGUCUUCCAUUGCUGAUCGUGACGACGACAGGUCGUCAACUCUUUCCUUAGCCCUGUCUGAGUCCUCGCUCAACCUUUCCGAUCCUUCUCCGAAUACAAUGCCACUCAAAACCAGCUCAAAGCGGACUAUCGAGGAAAUCGUCGCAGCUGAAGAGUCAGGUGACGAUGAUUACGACGACAAGGCACCUGGUCCAUCCAAAGCACGGUCACAGAGGUCUAGACAUCGCAGUAAGCCUGCUAGGAAGAGGCAGCGAAGAAAGUAUGGGAGCGGAUCCGAAGAAGGCGACGAGGACGAGAACGAUAGCCUACUUUCGGGCUCGUAUAGCGAGUCGGAGAAGGAAGAGGAGCCAGUCGAGAUGAAUGAGCAUGGCAGGCCAGUAAGGAAAGCCGCCAAGGCCAGGUUUACAUAUGAGGAGAGCGACGUCGAAGAUGAUAACGACCUCGCAGGACAAACUUCUGAGACAGACGAGGAAGAACAUGCACCUGCUCUGAGGUCGAAGAAGAGCGUCCCAAAGCUCAUCGUAAAGCUCAAAACGGGAACUCCCAGGACUACGCCAGCUGCACCGACACGUAAUCUCCAAAAAAGGAGUGGCAGUCACAGUAGCAAACAGCCGCCUACACCUACCUCAGCAACUGCACGUGGAACGAGAAGAAGCAGUCGCAUCUCUCAUGAUGAAGAGGAAACACUAAUAGGCCUGUCUAACUCUGGCAAACACGCCGAAGUGGUCAGACCUGGAUCAAGGGAGCCCGAGGUUCCUGUACGUCAGUUAAGAGGCGGCAAAGGUCUCAAAUAUCCUUCCAAGAGUACUAUCGAUGAGGCUUCACAAGAGGACUCCAAUCCACACAAUCCCGAAGAAGUACUAGAGAUAAAAGCAUCCCAGCAUGAGAUCAUGGAAAGCGAAUCCCAGACACAAGGCGAAGCGGCAGAAGAUAUGCCAAAGAUAAUUUCCGAUAUUCGGGACGCUGCAAAGGAGUCUGGUAGCGAGGAAGCCAUAGAGGAUGAAGCUCGCUUUGUACCAGAGUCACAGGAGCUUGUUGAAGACGUUGAGCCGGAGGAAGAUGAUGACGAGGAGCCUAUCCCGCGGGGUCGGGCAACCCGUGCCUCUCAGCGCAAAGCGCAAUCUCCUGUCAAAGAACUGGCAGAGAGUAGCCACCGACUACGAAGCCGGCAACUUCGUUCCGAGGCUAGCAAGCGACCAUCACGAAGCUCCCAACGUAAGGUCAACGAAGAAAGUAGUGAUUUCGAACCUGAUGUCGACCAUGAGAAAGAGGAUGAAAUGUCAGCAUCAGAACAAUCAGAAAAUUCCCCACCAAAAGUUCAAGACGAUUACGAAAGCAGCAACAGCCGUCGAUCCCGCCGAAUGCAACGUGGCAAGCGGACAACAUCGAGGCAGAGUCCAGUCUCUGAUGAAGACGAAGACCUCGCAGAUGAGCUCGCUGAAUUGAAGUCUGGCGGCCGCAAGCGCAGACCAAGACAGCAUGAGAUUGUGUAUGAACCUCGAAGGACUCGUGGCCCGCGAGGCAACGUUGAUUACCGCAUACUAAGACCAGAACUCAACGUGCCAAUCGAUGAUGCGGAAGAAGAUCAGGCCCCGACACCGUCGAGACGCCGCAAUGGAGGGGGAGGCGGUGGUGGAGGUUGGCAACGCAGCCUGUUCUCAACUUAUGGUCCCUUUGGCGGUGCAGGAGGACCAGUCCCUAUUCUGGGAGGACCUGGAGGUAUCGGUGCGGCCGGAGGUGCUGAUUCGGACAGCAGCGACGAAGAAGUUAUGCAACGACCAAAGCCUGUUGGAGGCACUGUUGGAAUGACACCUACCUCCGCAUUCGGACCUGGAUUUGGCUUGUUUCCUGCUGCGCAAGCUUUGAACGCAGAUGCAGCACAAGGUACGACAGGAACACCGGCCAACCUUGGAAAAGUCAAGGAUAAACAGGCCCUGGCCGAUGCUGAUCCACUAGGUGUGGACCAAAAUGUGACCUUUGAAGGAGUCGGUGGCCUACAGGGGCACAUCGAUCAGCUGAAAGAGAUGGUAGCACUUCCGCUUCUGUAUCCUGAAAUCUUUAUGCGUUUCAAGAUCACACCGCCACGAGGAGUUCUGUUCCAUGGACCGCCUGGUACAGGAAAGACCUUGCUUGCCAGAGCCCUGGCUUCGAGCGUAAGCUCUCAAGGAAAGAAAGUCACCUUCUACAUGCGGAAAGGCGCCGAUGCACUGAGCAAAUGGGUGGGCGAAGCUGAGAAGCAGCUGCGGAUGCUGUUCGAGGAGGCAAGGAGGACACAGCCAAGUAUCAUCUUCUUCGAUGAAAUUGAUGGUCUUGCGCCAGUACGAUCCAGCAAGCAAGAGCAGAUCCACGCGUCGAUCGUAUCGACGCUUCUAGCUCUGAUGGACGGCAUGGAUGGUCGUGGUCAGGUAGUGGUAAUUGGUGCCACAAACAGACCUGAUUCAGUCGACCCAGCGCUGCGUAGACCUGGUCGUUUUGAUCGAGAGUUUUACUUUCCGCUACCUAACACGGAAGCUCGGCGUGCUAUAUUGGAUAUUCACACCAGAAAUUGGGACCCACCACUCGAUCCUGCGAUUAAAGACGAGCUUGCCAAGUUGACCAAAGGGUAUGGUGGUGCGGACCUCAGAGCCCUCUGCACCGAAGCGGCAUUGAACGCCGUGCAGCGACGAUACCCACAGAUCUACAAAUCACAACAGAAGCUACUCAUUGAUCCGAAGUCCAUCCAGGUUCUUCCGAAGGAUUUUAUGAUUUCGGUCGAGAAGAUUGUUCCUUCAUCUGAGCGCUCCGCUUCUUCUGGAGCUUCGCCUUUACCCUCAGGUAUCGAGCCAUUGUUGCGCAAGCCAUUGAACGUUCUUGAAAGGAUCGUUGCAGAGAUUAUGCCGCAGAAGAAAAAGACCACUGCUCUUGAAGAAGCUCAGUAUGAGGAUGUUGAUUCUAGCUUUGGGCGUGAUAAAGUACAGCGAGCGUUCGAUGGUUCCCGAGUGUUUCGACCAAGGCUGCUCGUGCGAGGACCUACUGGAAUGGGUCAGCAAUAUCUAGCAGCUGCACUUCUCAACCAUUUUGAAGGUCUGCACGUUCAGUCCUUCGAGCUUUCUGUUCUUCUCGGCGAUUCCGCUAGCUCACCAGAAGCAACUAUGGUCAGACUAUUCUCCGAAGUGAAGACGCACAAGCCGAGUGUGAUUUACAUGCCCAACGUCCAAACCUGGUACACGACCCUGGGUCAGCAGGUCAUCUCGACUUUUCUUGGUCUGUUACGGUCGUUACACCCCACAGAUCCGAUUCUGGUGCUAGGCAUAUUGGAACAAGAGAAGGAUGAGGAGCUGGAUCAGGAUUUCAUCAAACAACUCUUUGGCUACUCCAGGCGCAACUCGUUUGCAUUGUCAUGCCCUGAACAGUCGGCUCGCCGGGAGUAUUUCAAGCCUCUUAUGCGAUUCGUUGCCAUGACUCCUCCCGAGUUCCCGGAUCCUUUGAACCGGAAGAAACGAGUGAUUGAGGAAUUGAGGCCAGCUCCACCAGAAGAACCCAAAGCUGCUCCCCCACCCACCAAGGAGGAACUCAAGAUACAGAAGAAGCGUGAUCGGCAUACCUUGAAUAUGCUGAAGAUCCAACUGCAGCCUAUCAUGGACCAGAUCAGGACCAAAUAUCGUAAGUUCCGGAGCGGUGUUAUUGAAGAACACCAGAUUCGCUAUCUCUAUGAUGAGGCCGAUCCCGGUACUGUCAGCUCUGACCUUCACACUGAACUUCUCGCUCGCGCGUCUUUCCGACCUUAUGAGAUUGGCAAAGAUGCUCACGACGAACCUGGCCUCCUGGAGACCGGCACUGGCAAGUUCUUCUACAACUUGGACACUGUGACAAUCGAGAAGCGAUUAAGUAAUGGGUACUACAAGCGCCCCAAGGAUUUCCUAGCGGAUGUCAAGCGGCUUGCAAAGGACGCACGCACAAUCGGUGACCAAGAGCGGCUUCUCAAGGCCAAUGAGCUGCUCACCAAUGUCGAGGUGGAUAUCGAGGGAAUCGAGCUAGGUCAAGCGGCCCUGACUGCCGAGUGUGAAAAGGUGUAUCAGAGAGAGCUCAUCCGAGAGAAGGAGGCACUUGAUAAAGCCAAGAAGACCGCCGAGGAGACUGGAAGCAUGCGCCCGCCUCCAGUGGUAUGUAACGUUCCACAUGGUGGCGCAUCCGAACCUUCGUCCGUCAAUCCCUCCACUGGUCCCAUCACACUUGGCGAGCCAGUGAACGACAGACGUAUGCUGUUCCAGAAUAUCAUGCCCAUUACGCCUUCACGGCCGCCUCAUAACAGUGUGACCACGAAUGGUAUUCGGCCCAUGGCCGCAGGAGGGUCGGAUCUGAAUGGCUCAGGCUCGCAUCAUACCAUCGAUGAUCAUGACGCAGACGCUGAAGGCGAUACCCACAUGGCCCAGUCUGGGUCUCGACCCAAUUCUCACGAACAUAGCAUGGAGACACAAAUGACAAACACCACUAGCGGCUCCUCCUUUGGACCUUCCGCACAGCCUCGGCCACCUCACUCAUACACUGCACCGUCUCAGCAGAUGCGUCAAGCUUCUGGUAUGAGUGCUCCGUUGUCACAAAAGAGCACCGUUACCCCUAUGGCAGCAGGAUCUCAAGCCGCCGAUUACCAGAACAGCGCCUCGACCACGCAGACCACUAGUGGGAAGAAGAAUUCUGGUAGCUCGGGGGAGAGAAUGGCAUCCCAAGAGAUAGGACCGAACCUGUACAUGUACGACUACAUACGGCCACGGACCGAAGCCACCGAAAUACCUGACACCCAACGUGAGCAUUGCCGCAACAUUCUGUCUGGCAGAUCAACAGCUAACACCGAGAUAGCAGAAUUUCAAAAUUCCCAGCAUCGUCCCAUCUCCAUCUAUCAACCACUGUCCCAACCUAAUUCUCAACCAAGCUCUCACACUCACUCCCAACCUCCUCCUGUACCCCCUUUCGAUGCAAUAUCACGGGCGCGCAGUACAAGCAUUCACGCCCUCCUGAACGACGAUCACUCCCAGCCAUCCAGCAUCAAUUCUCAACCAACCUCGUCUAACGCAACGACAACCAAGCCGCACAGCCCAGUCGACGCCACCCAUCAUUCUUCGAACAACACCAACAAAACAACCACAGACCAUCAGAAGUCUGCACUAGCCAUCGACCACGACUUCGUCACCCACCUUCUCGACGAUCUCUCGUCCCGAACCACGGGUUGCAGCGUCGAACAGCUUGAACAGGUCAACAGCGUGCUGAUGGAUACCGUGUGGAGGACGAGGCUGGAGUGGAAUCGUAGUCGGGUUGCAGUGUGGGUGGGGGAGACUUUCAACCGGGUGUUGGAAGACAUGGAGGAUUGCGGGUGGGAGUUUGGGCCCAGCAGUUGGGGGCGAAGGGGGUGA